CCUCCACCUAGUCCAGUCCUACUUUACUCAACUAACUUAACCUCCACCCUCCACCCAUUUCCACCCGCCCAGUUUCAUUUGCGUUUCUGUUGCGGUCGGUCGUCAGUAAUGCCUUGAGUCUCUUUCGGCUAAACUCAUCGUAUUAAUUGUUCCCUUUCUCUUCGUUCAUUCUAUGCCCCAUUCCCUCAAUUCCUUCCCUUCGUGCUCCCUUUCAUAUGAACUGAAUGUUGGUUGCCUCCCGGCCCUUGCAGUCCUAAACCAGUCGCCCUGCCACCAUGCCCAAGAAUCGACCCGCAACUUCGGGGUAUGCCCGCUUGGCGCAGGAAGAAGAAGACCGAGCCCACGAUCCAUACGAAUACUCAGACGAUGACGACCUACAACACGACUCCCACACCAUCUCCCAAUCCGCACCACGAUAUGCACCGAUCUCCGCACGAACCGGCCUGACCUCGCCCCCCGAACCGCGACGGAGGCUGAGUGGGCAGUAUCACCGACGGGGACGGAGGAACUCGGGGGUGGACAUUAAAGCCAUCAAUGCGCGCCUCGAGCGGUGGGCCGAAGAAUUCGCUUCCAAAUUCAAGAUCAAUCGAGUCAAGGGAAAGACACUCGAGGAGGAGAAGCUAGAGAUCUACCACUCAGUCUUCCAGGCGCCCGAUGGGGUUCGACCUGUCACUGCGGAGGUUCUCGAGUCAGACGAGGUCGAAGGUGCUGCGCGGAGAGCUCGAGAGGAGUUCGAAGAGGUGGUGGAGAGUGUCCGGAUCGCCAUUGAGAUGGGGGUCCAUCCCCGAAUGAUCUCCCAGGGUAGUUCGGGUAGUUAUUUCGCACGGAACAGCGAGGGUAAGGUGGUGGGAGUCUUCAAGCCCAAGGAUGAAGAACCCUAUGCAUCUCGCAACCCAAAAUGGACCAAAUGGAUUCACCGCAACCUGUUCCCAUGCUUCUUCGGUCGAGCUUGUCUCAUUCCCAACCUAUCCUAUGUCUCCGAAGCGGCAGCAUAUGUUCUCGACUCUCGGCUGCAAACCAAUCUCGUUCCUUAUACCGAUAUUGUCUGGCUGUCCUCGAAGUCCUUUUUCUACGACUUUUGGGACCGCAGAAAAGCUUGGAUGGGCAAGAAGUCCCUCCCGCCCAAGGCCGGUAGUUUCCAGGUCUUCCUCAAAGGCUACAAGGAUGCAAACCUCUUCCUGCGCGACCAUCCUUGGCCCGAUCAAACCAAUACCGGGUUCAGAGCAGAAGAUGCUCCCAAGCGAAAGAAGCGUCCGUGGAAUGAAGCAUGUCGCCCUUCUGGAAUACACUCGGACGAUGAAGACGAAGAAGCAUACCACGACGGUCAGACGCAAACUCCGUCGCCGCGUGAGGAAAGCAGAGAGCGGCGGUUCUACUGGACGGAAAGCCUGAAGCAGUCGUUCAGGGAAGAGCUAGAGAAGCUCGUGAUCCUGGACUACAUCAUGCGCAACACGGACCGAGGUCUCGACAAUUGGAUGAUUAAGAUUGAUUGGAAAACCGAGGAAGUCUCCAUUGUCGCUGAUCCGCCGAAACCCAAUGGCGCGCAGCAGCAGCGGCAAGAAAAUGAUGACGACGACUUGCCCCCUGCGCGCCCGGUAGCAGUCAAUUCCGACGGAGCGACAACUGCGCCUCAUCCCUACCGGAGACAUGAGUCCAUGCUUGCCGUGAGUCGCACAGGGACUCCCUUGAACGCAACCGAACCUUAUGCAACCAUCCAAAUUGGUGCCAUUGAUAACAGUCUCUCGUGGCCAUGGAAACAUCCCGAUGCGUGGCGGAGUUUCCCAUUCGGCUGGUUGUUUCUGCCCGUAUCUUUGAUCGGCCAACCAUUUUCGCAGAAGACCCGUGACCAUUUUCUACCGCUUCUAACCUCUACUGCCUGGUGGAGCGGCACACAGAUGGCUUUGCGCCGUGUUUUCUCACAAGAUGAUGAUUUCAAGGAGAGCAUGUUUGCGAGACAGAUUGCAGUCAUGAAAGGCCAGGCAUGGAAUGUGGUGGAGACACUGAAGCAUCCCGACCAUGGCCCACUUGAAUUGACGAGAAGAACACGCGUCUGUGUCUGGGAUGAUCUUGUGGAUGUGCCAGUUGCUAUCCCCCUCCGCGGCCCCUCCACGGAGGCUCAGAGACGCAAAGUGAAGAGCUACGAAAAUUACGACAAACCUAGCACGUAUGAUCCCGAUAACGAGGAAAUGGAUAUUGGUGCCUCGAUGUCCUUGGGUACAGGUCCCGAGGCCGAUCUGCUCGGACUCAGUUCCCCUCCGAAUGAAUUGCCAAACCCCAACCGGUUCGAACUAUCCAGAGGCCGCGGUUCCGCGUCCGGCCAUGGCAGGGCACUCUCGGGUAGCCCAGUCACCAUGGAUGACCGGUAUGGCCGCGACAGUAUUGACGAGCUGAGUCAUGGUAGAGACUUGGAACGCAGCUGGGCCACGCUCCCACCUCGGCCAGGUCACCGACACCAGAAACACAGCUCCGUCUCCAGUAAUCGCGGCCAAGCGCACCUGCUCUGGAGCAGCGACGAUCUCGAAGGAGAUCUCGGAUAUGCAGCCGCGGAGGGCAUGGAAGGCAACCAACGUAAAGUGAUUGUCGAGCGGCUGGAGGCCGUCAAAAGUAAGAAUCCCGUGUUUACCUGGUGCUAAACACGGAAUCUUCAACGCUUUUUCCGUUCCCCAUUUCUCCGCUUUUCUCUUCUUCGUCUCCCCAUUUAGCGUGUAUCAUGAUAAUCUGGCAUGAGGAGUUCCUUUUCGAUUUGCAAGGUAUGGCUUUUGUUGGAAAACUUCAUCUGAUGGGUUAGUGUCAUAGACAAUGGAAGUUGAUCUUCACGUGGGAUAUUGUGGGAGACCUAAUCUUUAUUCAGACUUACACUCGGUAUAUAAUUCUGCUUUGAGUACAUAUAGUUAUGAAUAGUUGCGAGACAAAAGGGAUCAAGAAUAGAAUCAAUGCUUUUUUGCCUUGCUUUCAAGAUCGAGG